AUGCCACUUCCCUCCGCCCCAGACUUGACGAACAGAGUGGCCAUAAUCACCGGCGCCUCCCGAGGUAUCGGGCGCGAAGUCGCUUUGGCGUUAGCUAGUCGUGGAUGUCACGUCGUCAUCGCGGCGAAAACCGUCCAAGCGCACCCGACUUUACCGGGAACCAUUUACACCGUCUGCUCGGAAAUCGAAUCGAAAUAUCCAAACGUUCGAGCGUUACCCGUGGUGGUGGAUUUACGAUCCGCGGACGCGUGCGUCAAAGCGGUGGAAGAGACGGUGAAACAUUUCGGCAGAGUAGAUGUAUUAGUGAACAACGCGAGCGCGUUGUGGUGGCAAAACAUGAUCGACACGCCGACGAGCAAAUAUGAUUUGAUCAACGGCAUCAACGCCAGAGGCGCGUUUAUCAUGACGAGAGAGUGCAUGAAACACAUGCUGAAGAAUAAGUGGGGGAGAGUCGUGAGCAUGGGACCACCGUUACCGAAGAGUUACACGGAAUAUGCAGGGAAGACGGCGUAUUACAUGUCAAAAUGUGGGAUGUCCAUGGUCGCGCUCGGCGCGGCGGCGGAAGGCGAGGGAUCGAAUAUUACCGGGAACGCGUUGUGGCCGGCGACGAUUAUCGAAAGUUUAGCGGCGACGAAUUUUAAGUUAGGGGAAAGAGAUACGUGGAGAAAAGCGAGCAUAUUGGCGGAUUGCGUGGUGCAGUUGUGCGGAGACGCGAGGACGACUGGGGAGACGUUGAUUGACGAUUUGUAUUUGGCGAAAUUGGGGAUGUCGCAGAGAGAGAUUCGGGAGACGUAUAACUUGGAUCCGUCGAAAGAAGUGCCGAGGUUUUUAGCGCCAAGUGCGGAUGGGAAAACCAGUGGUGGGGAUUGGAAGAUUAAGAGAGGGGACGUGAAGAAGUUGAAGAAGGAUUUAGAGGUGAGCGCGAGGCUUUAA